UCCUUUUCUACUUUGUUCUGCGGAGGUGGUUGUUAAUCAAUUGAAAUCACCUUUCCCCCUCCCAUGUGCUUUCCUUCAUCUGAGAUCUUUUGACCUUCAUUUUUAUUUGGGAGGGGGAAGGGUGAUAAUUUUACAUUUUCUGUUUUCUCCAGUUUCUUUCCUCUCUGUUUCCCUCAUCCCAUUUUCUUGUCUGUUCUGCCGCUGCGUGGGCCUGGGCUAUGCGGCAGGGCACAUCAUUCAUCAGAGCUCCAACAUGCCCGCAGAGUCUGGAAAGAGGUUCAAACCCAGCAAGUAUGUACCGGUCUCAGCAGCCGCCAUAUUUCUAGUGGGAGCUACAACACUCUUCUUUGCCUUUACGUGUCCAGGACUAAGCCUGAAUGUGUCACCUGCAGUGCCCAUCUACAAUGCAAUUAUGUUUCUUUUUGUGCUGGCCAAUUUCAGCAUGGCCACGUUUAUGGACCCAGGAAUUUUCCCGCGAGCUGAAGAGGACGAAGACAAAGAAGACGACUUCCGCGCUCCCCUUUACAAGACAGUGGAGAUCAAGGGCAUCCAGGUGCGGAUGAAGUGGUGUGCCACCUGCCGCUUCUACCGCCCUCCCCGGUGCUCCCACUGCAGCGUCUGUGACAACUGCGUGGAGGAAUUUGAUCAUCACUGCCCGUGGGUGAACAACUGUAUCGGUCGCAGGAACUACAGAUAUUUCUUCCUUUUCCUUCUUUCCCUGACAGCCCACAUUAUGGGUGUGUUUGGCUUUGGCCUCCUUUAUGUCCUCUAUCACAUGGAAGAACUCUCAGAGGUCCGCACUGCUGUCACAAUGGCAGUGAUGUGUGUGGCUGGCUUAUUUUUCAUUCCUGUAGCUGGCCUCACAGGAUUUCAUGUGGUGCUGGUGGCUAGGGGACGCACAACCAAUGAACAGGUUACAGGUAAAUUCCGUGGAGGUGUGAACCCCUUCACCAAUGGCUGCUGUAACAAUGUCAGCCGCGUCCUCUGCAGUUCUCCAGCACCCAGGUAUUUGGGGAGACCAAAGAAAGAGAAGACCAUUGUAAUCAGACCUCCUUUCCUUCGACCAGAAGUGUCAGAUGGGCAGAUAACUGUGAAGAUCAUGGAUAAUGGCAUCCAGGGAGAACUGAGGAGGACUAAGUCUAAGGGAAGCCUAGAGAUAACGGAGAGCCAGUCUGCAGAUGCGGAACCUCCACCUCCUCCUAAGCCGGACCUGAGUCGAUAUACAGGGCUGCGAACCCACCUCAGCCUGGGUACUAAUGAGGAUAGCAGUCUCUUGGGCAAGGACAGCCCCCCUACACCUACCAUGUACAAGUAUCGACCAGGUUACAGCAGCAGCAGUGCGUCCGCCGCCAUGCCUCAUUCCUCCAGCGCCAAGCUGAGUCGUGGAGACAGUCUGAAGGAGCCAACUUCAAUUGCAGAUAGCAGCCGCCAGCCCAGCUACCGCUCAGAGCCCAGCUUGGAGCCAGAGAGCUUUCGGUCUCCCACUUUUGGCAAAAGCUUUCAUUUUGAUCCAUUGUCCAGUGGUUCACGGUCAUCCAGCCUCAAGUCAGCCCAGGGCACGGGCUUUGAGCUGGGCCACUUGCAGUCCAUUCGUUCAGAGGGCACCACGUCCACCUCCUAUAAGAGCCUGGCCAAUCAGACACGCAAUGGAAGUCUAUCUUACGACAGCCUCCUCACUCCUUCAGACAGCCCUGAUUUUGAGUCAGUACAGGCAGGGCCUGAGCCAGACCCACCUUUAGGCUACACCUCUCCCUUCCUUUCAGCCCGGCUGGCCCAGCAACGGGAAGCCGAGAGGCAUCCACGUUUGGUGCCAACCGGCCCACCACACCGAGAGCCCUCACCAGUCCGUUAUGACAAUCUGUCUCGCCACAUUGUGGCCUCCCUCCAGGAGCGAGAGAAGCUGCUACGACAGUCGCCUCCACUUGCAGGACGUGAGGAAGAGCCAGGUGUGGGAGACUCAGGCAUUCAGUCAACACCAGGCUCUGGCCAGGCCCCUCGUACUAGUUCCUCCUCAGAUGACUCAAAGAGAUCACCCCUGAGCAAGACUCCACUGGGACGCCCAGCUGUACCCCGCUUUGGCAAACCAGAUGGGCUAAGGGGCCGGGGACUAGGGUCCCCUGAACCAGGCCCAACUGCCCCCUACCUGGGCCGAUCAAUGUCUUACAGCAGCCAAAAAGCCCCAUCUGGUGUCUCUGAGACAGAGGAAGUAGCACUGCAGCCAUUACUGACCCCCAAAGAUGAAGUACAGCUCAAGACCACCUACAGCAAAUCCAAUGGACAGCCCAAGAGUAUAGGCUCUGCUUCCCCUGGCCCAGGGCAGCCACCUCUCAGUAGCCCCACGAGGGGAGGAGUCAAGAAGGUGUCAGGGGUGGGUGGUACCACUUAUGAGAUUUCUGUGUGAAUCUUGGCGCCUCCCCUCCCCCACACCUCUGCACCUACACCAAAGGGCCUCAGGUGGCCACCUCCCUUCCCUCAAGGGGCUCCCCUACUUUGCAUGGACAUUUUUAAACCACCGAUUCCAACAGGAUGAGGCUUGUUUUAUAAAAUGCCAUGGGGUUAAGGAGACUUGGGGCCCUGAGACUGGGGGUGGCAACCCUCCCCUCCCUUCCACCUUUGAUCUUUUAAGAUCUUCCCCUUCCUUGAUCCCUGGACCAGACUCAGUGGACAUUUGUGCAAUUGCUCACCCUGGAGGGAACCAGAUCAUUUUUAAACCAGAAAUAAUUUUUUUUAUUAUUGUUACGGAUUCUAUUUUUUUCCUCUUCUCCGUUACCAGGUGUGUGUGUACAUAUAUAUAUAUAUAUUAUAAAUAUCAAAGAAAUUAUAUAUCUAUCCUGGGAUGGGAAAACAAGGGAGGGAUAUAUAGACACAUAUAUAUAUAUAAGGAAGGGGACUUUAUUCUUCCCUUUCCUUAGACCAGCAGGAAAAGAGAGACAUUAAAGUCUUCCUUUUCUCCAUGGCUCCCUCUCUUUUGUCCCAGUUAUCCACUGAGGAAACAGCACCCUCUGGUGGUGCUGAGUGAUUAGAAACGAAACCUGGGUAAGUCUGGGUUCUUGGUUGGAUAAAGGAACUUGAGCUAGUUUUCUAGGCUCAUUGACAUCUAGUUUCCCCAGAAAGGGGUCACAGUUCCACAACGGUGGUAUGGUAGGAGAUCAGGAAGAGAGCUUGGCCUAAUUUAAGAAACAUCAGGCAACCCUGCCCCAUUCUCGGGACACAGGGAUUGUGGUGGGCUUCAUUAAACCCCUUCAAUGCUUCCCUAUAAUCUGCAGUUAAAAUGAUCUUACAAUCCAAGGCCAGGAGAGAAGAAUCCAAAAAGCAAUAUUUUUCAUCAUAUGCCAAACAUGGGGUAGAGAGAAGGAGUGGCAGGCCUCAGCCCCUCCAGUUGUCCCCUGGGGUUUACCCCUUAGCCCACCUCAAUAUGGUGCUGGGUAGAGGGGGUAGCUGGGUUCUGACCUUUCAACAGGGAAGACCCCAGCCUCUAUACAGAGACCCUUUAAUUUUUUUAUUCUGAUUAGCCAUUUUAAACCAACAAGGAAUAAAAUAAAUCCUGAUCUAACCAGC